GAAUCAACCUUAAUAGUGCAAAGUGCUGUCGUUGUAUGGUAGCUGACGGGUUAGUAAGUCCAUUUAGACUGCCUCUUAAAUUUAUCGAGGGCGUGGGUCACAGCUUUGUUGAGAGGUAACCCCACGGCAACCCCAUUCAAGCAGCGCUUCUUCACCCACCGAUGUGAGUUGGAACUGUCGGUGAACACCGGAUCUUUUCAGUCAGACCGGACGAUUGCUGGACGACGAGGAAAUAGGAACCGCGCGUGGUCGAGGACGUUCACACCAUUAGGAGGGAAAACGAUCAGGCUCUUUGUCAUCGACGCUGAUCGAGAAACCGAGAUAGCAUCCUUGAAGUUUGUCUGGCUAUUCUGAGCUUUGUAAUCUCACGACCCACAAAGAGUCCAUGGGUAAUGAGUAGGUUGAUGGAUUGCUGUAGACCGUGUGGCUUGCGAAGCUGUUCCCCACUCAACGCAUUUCUAUCAUACCAGAAAUCAUGUCAAUUCCAACUGAACAGAAAGCUCUCUUCCUCAAGGAGAAACAAGGCGACUAUACUAUCGGGCCUUAUGUUGUUGACCAACCAGGACCAGGAGAAGUUCUUGUCCGAGUCGAGUCCACUGCUCUCAAUCCUGUAGACUGGAAGAUCCAAGCCACAGGAUACUUCGUCAACCAGUAUCCAGCUAUCCUCGGCUCUGACGCUGCUGGUGUAGUUGUAGCUCUUGGUGAGGGGGUGACCAAAUUCGCUGUCGGCGACAAGAUCUUCCACCAGGGUUUUUUCACGAAUCGCCUGGGCACGUUUAAGCAGUACACUGUCAUUCCAGCUGAGAUUGCGGCAAAGAUACCAGAUAAUCUCACUAUUGAUCAAGCCGCUACCAUCCCUCUCGGUAUUGCUACAGGUGCCAUUGGGCUCUAUGCUCAUGGAUGGGAACGUGGUGGUGCUGAACUCACUCCUCCAUGGCAAACUGGUGGCAGCGGAAAAUACACUGGUCAACCAAUCGUAAUCUUCGGAGGGUCUUCGUCCGUUGGACAGUACACAAUCCAACUCGCCAGGUUGUCGGGUUUCUCACCUAUCAUCACGACGGUUUCGCCCCAUAACAAUGAUCUUGUCAAGGCUUUGGGCGCAACACACACAAUUGAUCGUCGUCUUUCGCCUUCCGAGAUUGUUGCAGAAGUCAAGAAGAUCACGACAGCGCCUCUCCAGGUCGUCUAUGAUGCCAUCUCGCUCGGCCCAACUCAAGAGGCCGCAUAUGAGAUCGUAGCUCCCGGAGGCACGCUCAUUCUUGUCCUGCCUAGCUUAAUCCCGAAGGAGAAAGCGACUCCUGAUAAAAAGGUCAUCACUACGUAUGGAACAGUGCAUGCUCCUGAGCAUAAGGCACUUGGUGUUAGUUUAUAUCAGAAUCUCACACAGCUUUUUGCCUCGGGCGAUAUCAAGCCGAAUCCUGUUGAGAUUUUACCUGACGGGCUUGCCAGUAUUCCUGAGGGAUUAGAGAGGAUGAAGAAGGACCUGGACGCAAGUAUAUGUGCGGCGAAAAAUCCACAAACAUCGCGGAACGGACAAUAUAAUCAUUGAAGAUCC